GCAUUCACAUUAGGCCUCAUUGUUUACCGUUCAUCCAAAAUAGCCUGAGAUAUAUUUAUCAGCACCAGCAGCUAUGAGAUGCUGAUAAUAGCACUGCUGUCAUAGCAACCGUGAUGUCAGCAGCAGAGCUAGAUAGAUUGUGGAAUAGAUAUCAUCGAUUAGAGCUCAGCUAGUGGCCCAGUUCUGCAGUAUGUAUAGAGAGACACACACACUCCCCAGACAGUAGCUAGGCAUGCUGGCCACAGUGGAGGCUGUUCACUACUCUGCUGUCCUAGGAUUACAACUACUAAGGGAGGAAUAAGUCAGGGCUACUGGUACAAGCUAGCCAGGGAUUUUAACCAUUGAAACAAGUGAGGAAAGUCAGAGCCUGAGGCAAUAAGAUUCCAUUUUUUCAGCCACCAUGAAGAGCGUUCCAUCACAGGGGAGUCCCUGUAGCUCUAGCAGUGGCCUAGAUUACACCAGUGUGUGUGACGGCAACCUACUGAAGAUGAUUGACUCAUACGCCAGUGCCCUGGGGACCAAUAGGGAGUAUGUUCUCUUCCCUCUCCUGGCCUCAGUAUCAGGACUGCUGACAAGGUCUAGAGUACAGCUCAGUGACAUGUGGGAAGAGACCUGCACAAUGUGGUGUGUCACAGCAGCAAGAAGGUGCAGUAAAAAGACAACAGUUCUGAACCAGUUCCUCCAAGCCCUCCAUGAGGCAGGAACUGAGGCAUACACACACAUAGCUAAUCUAGUCUGCAGAGAACAGUGUGACCCCAACCAGGGCAAAAACAAUAUACUUCUAGAGGAAGACCUCAGUUUGCUAGCAGAGUCAGACUAUACCAGCAAAGGGGGCAGUUUAAAGUCACAUUUUGACAACACGUGGCAACCAGGGGAGGGCAUCAGCAUAGGUGGUUUUAUGAGCAAGGAGAAAGUAGCCAAAUUUAUUUAUGAAGACCCCUUGCAAGUUGCAGACAGGUUUUUAAUAGCUCUCCCUGGGGAUGUCACCUAUAAACCCAGUGAGUGCAAGGUCCCCAUGCCUUCUAAUACACCACUACUGAGUGAGGUUUUCAAGGUGCUAUGUGUUAAACACACAGAGAAGAGACAGUAUACCCUAUCCCCUGAGGCCCACGCUUUGUUUACAGCAAUGGGUGAUCACUUCAAGGAUUGUUCAGAUAAACACACUAACAAUGACGACAGAUAUGCUAUGUACAGAAGAGCACCGUCUCUCCUCGCUCGACUUGCAGCCACUAUCACAUCUUUGCGGCAAGCUCUGAAAUAUGUUGUCUAUCAUGAAGACCUCCGCACAGGAAGCUGGUGUGACAUCAUAUCCAAGGAAGACUUGGAGUCCAGCCAGUCCAUUUUACAAUGGGUAAUUGACUUGAAGUGCAAUAUACUUGAUCAGAAAGAGCAGCAAGAGAACACUGCAUCUCAGGCUGCUAAAAUGAAUGGCACAUCUCUAAACUUGCCUAGUGCUUCAAAAGACCACAAUAACCUGGCUAUGUUAAAGAGAUCACAUAAUCAAGAGCAAGGACAAGAGUUUGCUCCUCCCCCCAGCAAACAACUGAGGGGAACCAGUAUAGCAGGUAGUCAGGGGACACACCCUUCACUAAAACCUCACCAGCAGCAGCCACCCUUGGCCCCUCCCCCUCUCAUCAUACCUACUCCUGGCCCUCAAGUCUCCCAGGGUGAACCCCAGGGUGAUCAGAGACCAGUCCCUCCUCCUCCACAACACAGGUAUUACCAGACCCCAGGGUCAGUGAGCCUGACCCCUGGCCACCCCAAUCCACCUGCCAAGUCUUCAUCUCCCUCCUCACCACCAGAGGGUGCUCCAGUAGAGAGAGGAAACCCUUUCAUGAACAACAUUGGGCCAUUUAUCACCAAUGGAGCUGUUUUCUCUUCAGAGACUGCAGCAAUGCAGGACAACAUGGGGUCCCACUCUCUCCACCAUAUACAGCAACAACAGCUACAGUCGCAGUCCCCACAGAUUACUAUGUCCAAUAUCACAACAGGUGACCUGAGAACCUUCCUCAGUAACUACAGCCACAAAAUCAAGAAAUUUUUAGAAUUCAAACUCGAUUACAGGAUCUCCCCAAGUAUGGCCGCCCAGCGCCACAUCAUACCUCCAUUAACUAGAGAAGAAAUGCAGCACCUCAAUACCAUGAAUCGUUACCCAGUGACAGCCGCGCGGGAAUUUCUACACAAGACGGCGCUGCUAGGGUUUGGUCGAAUGGAGUACGGGACAAUAUCUCACAAUCGUGCCUCCAUGUUCUUUGUGAAGUUUCCUUAUCAGGAGUUGGGGGACAGAGCCAGGCAGUUACUGAGUAGUCUAGGAGUCCACCCUGUGGAUUAUAAUGCAGCUUUCACAUAUGGAAAUGGCAACACUGGGGACAGUGACUGUAAAUACCUAGAAUCCUUUGGAACAUCCCCAGAAAAUCUACAUGAAGAUGGAAGUGCUAUUGUCAAAACUGAGUCAGAAUAAAGUAUGUUCCAUUCAACCACAUUUUAGGGUCUUGAAUUGGGUGUAAGGCAAAAAUUCUGUAUCUAAGAUAAAAGUUUUUAAACUGUUAAUGAUUUUAAUUUUAUCUGAAUAAAAUGAAUCAUCUAUUUCCUCAUAGUUAUGAUACAUCAUUGUAUUCACUGACUAAAAAAAUUAAACAGCAAUAACAAAAUAAAAAGCUUAAGCCCAAGUUUGUUUCAGACAAAUGUAAACCAUCAAAAUUCUAAGACAAAUGAUGGCCAUGAUAUGUAGACAAUGCUACUGUUGAGAUGAUGACAGUUCACAGCUACAGCAAUCAUGACAUACCACACACAGCCUAAGAUGGGUCACUCUCUAUAUGUCUGUCAAUUAAAUAAAUAUCAAAAUCACGAAUAACAGUUAAAACCAAUCGUGAAUGAGAGUAAAAACAUUUUUUUUUUCAAAUUUGCAGACACAUGGUGAAAAUUCAGCCUAUUCUAUUUUAACAAAAAAUUAAACUCAUUGAGAUGAAACAUAA